GUGUCGGCUGGACAGCCGCCCUGGGCAGGAGAAGACACAGAGAGACACCCAGAGUGAGCCGCGGAGCACGACUCGGGGCGAGGGCGGGGGGCAGCGGGUCUGCACACACAGACCUGUGACCUCAGCUUCCUGAGCCCUCUGCGCAGGCACAGCUGCCCCCACUGCUGGGUCGCCGUGUCCCAGAACUGCACCUGGCCGGCCGGACAGCAGGGGCAUCUGACGCAGGACCAUGGUGAUCCUUCAGCGGGGGGACUACGUGUGGAUGGACCUGAGGUCCGGGCAGGAGUUCGACGUGCCCAUCGGGGCGGUGGUGAAGCUCUGUGACUCUGGGCAGAUCCAGGUGGUGGACGAUGAAGGCAACGAGCACUGGAUCUCCCCGCAGAGUGCCACGCACAUCAAGCCCAUGCACCCCACGUCUGUGCAUGGCGUGGAGGACAUGAUCCGCCUGGGUGACCUCAACGAGGCGGGCAUCCUGCGCAACCUGCUCAUCCGCUACCGGGACCACCUCAUCUAUACGUACACGGGCUCCAUCCUGGUGGCCGUGAACCCCUACCAGCUGCUGUCCAUCUACUCGCCCGAGCACAUCCGCCAGUACACCAACAAGAAGAUCGGCGAGAUGCCCCCCCACAUCUUCGCCAUCGCCGACAAUUGCUACUUCAACAUGCAGCGCAACAGCCGCGACCAGUGCUGCAUCAUCAGUGGGGAGUCUGGGGCCGGGAAGACGGAGAGCACCAAGCUGAUGCUGCAGUUCCUGGCCGCCAUCAGUGGGCAGCACUCGUGGAUUGAGCAGCAGGUGCUGGAGGCCACUCCGAUCCUGGAGGCCUUUGGGAAUGCCAAGACCAUCCGCAAUGACAACUCCAGCCGCUUUGGGAAGUACAUCGACAUCCACUUCAACAAGCGGGGCGCCAUCGAGGGGGCCAAGAUCGAGCAGUACCUGCUGGAGAAGUCCCGUGUCUGUCGCCAGGCCCCUGAUGAACGGAACUACCACGUGUUCUACUGCAUGCUGGAGGGCAUGAGCGAGGCUCAGAAGAAGAAACUGGGGCUGGGCCAGGCUGCCGACUACAACUACUUGGCCAUGGGUAACUGCAUAACCUGCGAGGGACGCGUGGACAGCCAGGAGUACGCCAACAUCCGCUCGGCCAUGAAGGUGCUCAUGUUCACAGACACAGAGAACUGGGAGAUCUCGAAGCUCCUGGCCGCCAUCCUGCACCUGGGCAACCUGCAGUAUGAGGCCCGCACGUUUGAAAACCUGGAUGCCUGUGAGGUCCUCUUCUCCCCGUCGCUGGCUACAGCCGCGUCCCUGCUGGAGGUGAACCCCCCAGACCUGAUGAGCUGCCUGACGAGCCGCACCCUCAUCACCCGUGGCGAGACGGUGUCCACCCCGCUCAGCAGGGAGCAGGCGCUGGAUGUGCGAGACGCCUUUGUCAAGGGAAUCUACGGGCGGCUCUUCGUGUGGAUCGUGGACAAGAUCAAUGCGGCCAUUCACAAGCCGGCCUCCCAGGAGGUGAAGAGCUCUCGCCGGUCCAUCGGCCUCCUGGACAUCUUCGGGUUUGAGAACUUCACCGUGAACAGCUUCGAGCAGCUCUGCAUCAACUUCGCCAACGAGCACCUGCAGCAGUUCUUCGUGCGGCACGUGUUCAAGCUGGAGCAGGAGGAGUAUGACCUGGAGAGCAUCAACUGGCUGCACAUCGAGUUCACCGACAACCAGGAUGCCUUGGACAUGAUCGCCAACAAGCCCAUGAACAUCAUCUCCCUCAUCGACGAGGAGAGCAAGUUCCCCAAGGGCACGGAUGCCACCAUGUUGCAUAAGCUGAAUUCGCAGCACAAGCUCAACACCAACUACAUUCCCCCCAAGAACACCCAUGAGACCCAGUUUGGCAUCAACCACUUUGCAGGCGUGGUCUACUACGAGACUCAAGGCUUCCUGGAAAAGAACCGGGACACCCUGCAUGGGGACAUCAUCCAGCUGGUCCACUCCUCCAGGAACAAGUUCAUCAAACAGAUCUUCCAGGCCGACGUUGCCAUGGGUGCCGAGACCAGGAAGCGCUCGCCCACACUCAGCAGCCAGUUCAAGCGCUCGCUGGAGCUGCUGAUGCGCACGCUGGGCGCCUGCCAGCCCUUCUUCGUGCGCUGCAUCAAGCCCAAUGAGUUCAAGAAGCCCAUGACACCUGUGCGUGCGCCAGCUGCGCUACUCGGGCAUGAUGGAGACCAUCCGGAUCCGCCGGGCCGGCUACCCCAUCCGCUACAGCUUCGUGGAGUUCGUGGAGCGCUAUCGUGUGCUGCUGCCUGGCGUGAAGCCGGCCUACAAGCAGGUGCCCCCAGGCGCAGAGACAGCAGGGCAGGCUCCUGGGGACAGUGGGCUGGCCACGACACCUGCUCAGCCUCUCAGGGCGACCUCCGGGGGACAUGCCAGCGCAUGGCUGAAGCCGUGCUGGGCACCCACGAUGAUUGGCAGAUCGGCAAGACCAAGAUCUUCCUGAAGGACCACCACGACAUGCUGCUGGAGGUGGAGCGGGACAAGGCCAUCACCGACAGAGUCAUCCUGCUCCAGAAGGUGAUCCGGGGCUUCAAGGACAGGUCCAACUUCCUGAAGCUGAAGAACGCGGCCACGCUCAUCCAGAGACACUGGCGAGGCCACACCUGCCGGAGGAACUACGAGCUGAUGCGCCUGGGCUUCCUGCGGCUGCAGGCCCUGCACCGCGCCCGGAAGCUGCAGCAGCAGUACCACCUGGCGCGCCGGCGCAUCAUCCAGUUCCAGGCCCGCUGCCGCGCCUACCUGGUGCGCAAGGCCUUCCGCCACCGCCUCUGGGCUGUGCUCACCGUGCAGGCCUACGCCCGGGGCAUGAUCGCCCGCAGGCUGCAUCGGCGUCUCAGGGCCGAGUACCUGCGACGCCUCGAGGCCGAGAAGAUGCGGCUGGCGGAGGAGGAGAAGCUGCGGAAGGAGAUGAGUGCCAAGAGGGCCAAGGAGGAGGCAGAACGCAAGCACCAGGAGCGCCUGGCUCAGCUGGCGCGGGAGGACGCUGAGCGGGAGCUGAGGGAGAAGGAGGAGGCCCGGAGGAAGAAGGAGCUCCUGGAGCAGACGGAGAGGGCCCGGCACGAGCCCGUCAAUCACUCGGACAUGGUGGACAAGAUGUUCGGCUUCCUGGGGACGUCGGGCGGCCUGCCAGGCCAGGAGGGCCAGGCGCCCAGUGGCUUUGAGGACCUGGAGCGAGGGCGGCGGACGAUGGUGGAGGAGGACGUGGACGCGGCCCUGCCCCUGCCUGACGAGGACGAGGAGGACCUCUCCGAGUACAAGUUUGCCAAGUUCGCCGCCACCUACUUCCAGGGCACAGCCACGCACUCCUACACCCGGCGGCCGCUCAAACAGCCGCUGCUCUUCCACGAUGACGAGGGCGACCAGCUGGCAGCCCUGGCGGUCUGGGUCACCGUGCUGCGCUUCAUGGGGGACCUGCCUGAGCCCAAGUACCACACGGCCAUGAGCGACGGCAGCGAGAAGAUCCCCGUGAUGACCAAGAUUUACGAGACCCUGGGCAGGAAGACGUAUAAGAGGGAGCUGCAGGCCCUGCAGGGCGAGGGCGAGGCCCCGCUCCCCGAGGGGCAGAAGAAGAGCAGCAGUGUGAGACACAAGCUGGUGCACUUGACCCUGAAGAAGAAGUCCAAACUCACCGAGGAGGUGACCAAGAGGCUGCACGACGGGGAGCCCACGGUGCGCGGCAACAGCAUGCUGGAGGACCGGCCCACCUCCAACCUGGAGAAGCUGCACUUCAUCAUCGGCAAUGGCCUCCUGCGGCCGGCGCUCCGGGAUGAGAUCUACUGCCAGCUCAGCAAGCAGCUCACCCACAACCCCUCCAAGAGCAGCUACGCCCGGGGCUGGAUCCUCGUGUCUCUGUGUGUCGGCUGCUUCGCCCCCUCUGAGAAGUUCGUGAAGUACCUGCGGAACUUCAUCCACGGGGGGCCGCCCGGCUAUGCCCCGUACUGUGAGGAGCGCCUGAGGAGGACUUUUGUCAACGGGACGCGCACACAGCCACCCAGCUGGCUGGAGCUGCAGGCCACCAAGUCCAAGAAGCCCAUCAUGCUGCCCGUGACAUUCAUGGACGGGACCACCAAGACCCUGCUGACAGACUCGGCGACCACAGCCCGGGAGCUGUGCAAUGCGCUGGCCGACAAGAUCUCACUGAAGGACCGCUUCGGGUUCUCCCUCUACAUCGCCCUGUUUGAUAAGGUGUCCUCGCUGGGCAGCGGCAGUGACCACGUCAUGGAUGCCAUCUCUCAGUGUGAGCAGUAUGCCAAGGAGCAAGGUGCCCAGGAGCGCAAUGCACCCUGGAGGCUCUUCUUCCGCAAAGAGGUCUUCACACCCUGGCACAACCCUGCGGAAGACAACGUGGCCACAAACCUCAUCUACCAGCAGGUGGUGCGCGGGGUCAAGUUUGGCGAGUACAGGUGUGAGAAGGAGGAUGACCUGGCCGAGCUGGCCUCCCAGCAGUACUUCGUGGACUACGGCUCUGAGAUGAUCCUGGAGCGCCUCCUGAACCUCGUGCCCACCUACAUCCCUGACCGCGAGAUCACGCCGCUCAAGACGCUGGAGAAGUGGGCCCAGUUGGCCAUUGCUGCCCACAAGAAGGGUAUCUAUGCCCAGAGGAGAACUGAUGCCCAGAAGGUCAAAGAGGAUGUGGUCAAUUAUGCCCGCUUCAAGUGGCCUUUGCUCUUCUCCAGGUUUUAUGAAGCCUACAAAUUCUCAGGCCCCAGUCUCCCCAAGAACGACGUCAUUGUGGCUGUCAACUGGACGGGUGUCUACUUCGUGGAUGAGCAGGAGCAGGUGCUUCUGGAGCUGUCUUUCCCAGAGAUCAUGGCCGUGUCUAGCAGCAGGGAAUGCCGUGUCUUGCUCUCAUUGGGCUGCUCUGAUCUAUGCUGUGCUGCACCUCAUGUGCGCCAGGCAGGACUGAUCCCGGCUGGGCCCUGUUCUCCGUGUUGGUCCUGCAGGGGAGCCAAACUGACCGCCCCAAGCUUCACACUGGCCACCAUCAAGGGGGACGAGUACACUUUCACCUCCAGCAAUGCCGAGGACAUCCGUGACCUGGUGGUCACCUUCCUGGAGGGGCUCCGGCGGAGGUCUAAGUACGUGGUGGCCCUGCAGGACAACCCCAACCCUGCGGGGGAGGAAUCAGGCUUCCUCAGCUUUGCCAAGGGAGACCUCAUCAUCCUGGACCAUGACACCGGGGAGCAGGGCAUGAACUCGGGCUGGGCCAGCGGUGUCAACGAGAGGACCAAGCAACGUGGGGACUUCCCCAUGGAUUGCGUGUAUGUCAUGCCCACCGUCACCAUGCCACCACGGGAGAUUGUGGCCCUGGUCACUCUGACCCCUGACCAAAGGCAGGACGUUAUCCGGCUCAUGCAGCUGCGAACAGCAGAGCCUGAGGUGCGAGCCAAGCCCUACACGCUGGAGGAGUUCUCCUACGACUACUUCAGGCCCCCACCCAAGCACACGCUGAGCCGUGUCAUGGUGUCCAAGGCCCGUGGCAAGGAUCGGCUGUGGAGCCACACACGGGAACCACUCAAGCAGGCGCUGCUCAAGAAGAUCCUGGGCAACGAGGAGCUCUCGCAGGAGGCCUGCAUGGCCUUCAUCGCUGUGCUCAAGUACAUGGGUGACUACCCAUCCAAGCGCACGCGCUCUGUCAACGAGCUCACUGACCAGAUCUUUGAGGGUGCUCUGAAGGCCGAGCCCCUCAAGGACGAGGCAUACGUGCAGAUCCUGAAGCAGCUGACCGACAACCACAUCCGGUAUAGCGAGGAGCGAGGCUGGGAGCUGCUCUGGCUGUGCACAGGCCUCUUCCCGCCCAGCAACAUCCUCCUGCCCCACGUGCAGCGCUUCCUGCAGUCCCGCAAGCACUGCCCACUUGCCGUGGACUGCCUUCAGCGACUCCAGAAAGCCCUGAGAAACGGGUCCCGGAAGUACCCUCCGCACCUGGUAGAGGUGGAGGCCAUUCAGCACAAAACCACGCAGAUCUUCCACAAGGUUUACUUUCCUGAUGACACCGACGAAGCCUUUGAGGUGGAGUCCAGCACCAAGGCCAAAGAUUUCUGCCAGAACAUUGCCAGCCGGCUGCUCCUCAAGUCCUCCGAGGGAUUCAGCCUCUUUGUCAAAAUCGCAGACAAGGUCAUCAGUGUCCCUGAGAAUGACUUCUUCUUCGAUUUUGUUCGACAUCUGACAGACUGGAUAAAGAAAGCACGUCCCAUCAAGGAUGGAAUCGUGCCAUCACUCACCUACCAGGUGUUCUUCAUGAAGAAACUGUGGACCACGACAGUGCCAGGGAAGGAUCCUAUGGCAGAUUCCAUCUUCCACUAUUACCAGGAGUUGCCCAAGUAUCUCCGAGGCUACCAUAAGUGCACGCGAGAGGAGGUGCUUCAGUUGGGGGCGCUGAUCUACAGGGUCAAGUUUGAGGAGGACAAGUCCUACUUUCCCAGUAUCCCCAAGCUGCUGCGGGAGCUGGUGCCCCAAGACCUCAUCCGGCAGAUCUCACCUGACGACUGGAAACGGUCCAUUGUCGCCUACUUCAACAAGCAUGCAGGGAAGUCCAAGGAGGAGGCCAAGCUGGCCUUCCUGAAGGUCAUCUUCAAGUGGCCCACCUUUGGCUCAGCCUUCUUUGAAGUAAAGCAAACUACAGAGCCAAAUUUCCCUGAGAUCCUCUUGAUCGCCAUCAACAAGUAUGGGGUCAGCCUCAUUGAUCCCAGGACCAAGGACAUCCUGACCACACACCCAUUCACCAAAAUCUCCAACUGGAGCAGUGGCAAUACUUACUUCCACAUCACCAUUGGGAACCUGGUGCGCGGGAGCAAACUACUCUGUGAGACGUCACUGGGCUACAAGAUGGAUGACCUCCUGACUUCCUACAUCAGCCAGAUGCUCACAGCCAUGAGCAAACAGCGGGGCUCCAGGAGCAGCAAGUGAACAGCGGAGAGGAGCUACUGGCUCCCUGGGGAGCAGCUGGCUGAGGCCCAUGGCUACUCCUGCAGCCGAGGGAGACCCUGUAAUACAGAUGGGGAGGCAGGCCAGGCAGCCACACUGACACACUUCUCCAGGGAGGGAGUCUCCUCCCACCGCUGCGGUACCUGGGUGAACUCGAGUCCCAGCUUGCUGUGUGGCCUUCCCAGCUGUAAGAGCCAGCGCUCCUGGAUGCUGCUUUUUUGUCUCAGACCAAUGCUACCAUGCAACCCCCUUCUGACUUUCUGCAUCCUGUUGGCACAGAGAAAUUGGGAGGAGAGCCUAGCUUUCUGUAAUGGGAAGCACCCAACCAAACAGGCACUGAACAGAAACCUGAGACCAGGACUCUCAGCUGGGUGAGGGAGACAAUCUACUUUUAUACACUGUAGUGGGAUGCUGGGCCCGACCUUGACUCUCUGAUCACCUCAGGGCAUAAAGCAUGUGUUUCAUCCUCUGG